UGCCAGUUUGUUAGCCAGUCUCGGAUGUUCCGCGAGCCAGUGUCGUUCAAACAGUCAUCGAACCGGCCGCUCCCAAAAUUAAUAAAUACUCCCGAAUAAUAUCAAAACGCAAGCCAUUACUAUUCGAGCCGCGUCAACCGUCCUAGGCCGCCAGCGCACGCCACUGACACAUUUUUGCGUUUUCGCGCGCCUAUUGAAUUUAGAACAGUUUUUGUUUUUCUUUCGAUACGGUGCUUUACAUAUAUCAUAUACACGUGAUUUUGAAAGUGACAUUCUCUGAAGAAUAUUUAGGAUAUUUAAGAUGGAGAUAAGAAGGAGGAACGGCACGUCGUUUUUAACAUACUGGAUAUUUUUACUACAAAUGUUAGGUAGUGGUCGUCGUGUCGCUGAAGGUCACGGUCGCCUCAUGGAUCCACCAGCGAGGAAUUCCAUGUGGAGAUUCGGUUUCCCCAAUCCCGUUAAUUACAAUGAUAACGAGUUAUUCUGCGGCGGUUAUGCCGUCCAGUGGGAACAGAACGGAGGAAAGUGCGGGGUGUGUGGUGACGCGGAGCACCUCAGCGAACCUCGUCCUCAUGAGGCUGGCGGCAUGUAUGGCAAAGGAAUCAUAACACGUCAUUAUAGUGUGGGGCAGGAAAUUGAAGUAGAAGUGGAGCUGACAGCAAACCACCUCGGCGCGUUUGUGUUGAAGCUGUGUCCCAACAAUAAUCCUAAUCAGGAAGCCACUCAAGAAUGCUUUGAUAGGUACCCACUUUUCAUUUCCGGUACAAGAGAGGACAGGUUCUUGAUUCCUCUUGACACAGCGAAGAAGGACACUUUCAGAUACAGAGUUCGAUUACCGCCCUACGUCACUUGCACACAGUGUGUCCUGCAAUGGACAUAUUAUACUGGCAACAUGUGGGGUAUCUGUCCGAACGGGACGGAGGCGGUCGGCUGUGGCCGCUCCGAGACCUUCCGUAACUGCGCCGACGUGGCCGUCAUCACCAACACGGGUGGUCUGCCCCCGGCCUUCGCUGACGGGCUCCGACGGGACAACCCCUUCCUCCUCUACUACAGGGACUACAACAUGCCGCAAAACGUCUUCCCUCUCGUCGUCAGCAACGAUAUUGAUAGUGAAACAGAGGAGGAUAUAAGUCCCUUCGUCAUUAGGGAACAGGUGUGUGUUCCGUCGGAAUCAUACCGCGUGAUCCCGGGGAUGUUGAGCUGGUGUCAGACCAACUGUCUCCGCUAUCCUCCCAACUGCCCCGACGCACUCUGCCACUGCCCACAAGUGUGCGAGGCGGUAGGCGAGUUGGCUGGCAGGGAGGGUGCGGACGUGUAUUGUAUGGACCAAUGCAUCGUGUAUCCGCCGCGUUGCCCCAAGAAACGCUGCUCAUGCUACUAAGUUGCUCCAUAACCCUGAUGCGACCGUAUCGCGUUUACAAAUACCUUACAAACGACUUUUCACACAAACGAUGUCCGCUAUUUUUACGGCAAAUACCUCAGAGUCAGUAAUGUUAUUACUCUAAUAAACAGUUUUUAAUAUAAAGCAUAUGUAUAUAUUGUAUAUUUGCAACAGUCGUCGGCGAUCCGGCCAUGUCUUGUACAUAUGUAUAUUGUGCCUACUCAUUGAUUUACUCUGGAUUUUUUAUUUGCAUCAAUGUUUCGGUGCCAUAUAUAAAUAACAUUAAGAUUUU